AUGGAACAGACGAUUUUGUUUGCGAGGCAUGGCUUGGAUCAAGCUCGGCCGGCUGGGAUAUUCUUAGGCCCCUCAGCUUUGGGACAAAACAUAGAUUUAAUAAAGAAACUUUUCAGCACAAGAAGCUUCUUCAUAAUUGAAUCAUUAGAGGCAAUAUCAUUUAUGUUCAUCUCGUACAUAAGCACAGCUCAAGUAGAUGUGGGAGUUAUAAAGCGAGGAGGCAAGCUCGCAGUCAUCAACGGUUUAUCUCUUUUUCUAUUUCCUUACGUGGUGGCCACAAUCGCAAGUACCGUCAUCACGAGUAACAUACGUGGAAGCGUGGCGAAAACUACGCCCGCGCAGCUCCACGAUUUGCUGACUAACGAAUCUAUUGUAUAUUUUCAAGUGGCGUAUUCGGUUUUAUCGAAUCUCAAGAUGCUAAACUCAGAGCCCGGAAGGUUAGCCCUAUCCUCCAUACUGGUGGCUAACUGCUUCGGCUGGGGAUAUUUCCUCAUUUUAAUGACGUUUAACAGUUUCUUGCACCCCAAAUACUCCAAGGCCACUUAUCUGCCUACUUUCACAAAGGUACUACUGAUCGUUGGUAUAGUAGUUGUGUGUCGACCAAUAUUCAAAUGGUUAGUGAAGAGAACACAUGAAGGAAAGAAACUGAAGAGUUUGCAUUUAUGCAUCAUUUGCAUCAUGUUGUGCACCGUCACUUUCCUGUCCCAAGCCGUAGGGUUUCCUUACGUAGUCGGAUCUGUGGUUCUCGGUCUCGUCACUCCUAAGACCCCUCCUCUCGGUGCAGGUCUCACCGACAAGAUCGGCUGCUUCUGUUGGGUGGUUCUUAUGCCGUGUUAUGUCAUCGGGAUUGGUAACAAAGUCGAUUGCUUUGCGUUUACAGGACGAGACGUCAUUACUCUGGAGUUGCUUUUCUUUACCAUCAGUGCUGCAAAGUUUGCUUCCAUCGUCGUGCCAUCGCUUUACUUCAAGGUUCCUUUAUCACACGCCGCGAUUGUCGGGUUUAUCGUCUGCAUACAAGGGAUCUACGAUGUCCAAAUCUUCAAACAAUUGUUGAACUACAAGAAUAUAAGCCAGGAAGCAUUCGGUAUAAUGGUGGUCUCAGCGAUGGUUCACUCAAUUAUUUUCACGGCCAUAGUCAAGAACCUCUACGGUUGGGCGCAGCGGAAACACAUCAUUUACCGGCGACAAACCAUUCAACACUACGAACCAAACAACCCUCUCAAGAUCCUCACUUCUUUCUACCAACACGAGACCGUUACUUCCAUUCUCACUAUCUUAGAGCUCUCUUCUUGUCCCUCGAGCGCCUCUUCGCUCUCCGUCGUGUCCGUCAAUCUCGAAGAGCUCGAGCACCAUAACGUCCCUCUCCUUAUCCAACACCAGUUUGAUCACAAGGAAGACACAUCAGUGUCCUCCAACCGAAGAGAUCAGGUCUCGAAUGCCUUCAAGAACUUCCUUAAGAGACACGUUUUGCAAGAAAACAUUUCCGUCGAAUGUUACACGGCCGUUGCGCCGAGCAAGACGAUGCACGAGGAUGUAUGCGCGUUGGCCUUCGACAAAGAAACCGAUCUCAUUAUCAUAGGGAUUGACGAAGGGACCGCAGCAGAGCGACGACUCUGUCGCAACGUCCUGAAUGGCUCGCCGUGCUCUGUCGCGAUUCUCAUGGACCAAGGACUGCUUCCAGAUUUCAAGAACACGAAGAACAGCUCAAUGACAAUCAACGUCUGCUCGAUAUUCCUCGGUGGAGCGGACGACCGCGAGACACUGGCGUUUGCGGUCAGGAUGACGAACCACCCCUGCCUAAAUCUAAACGUUCUUAUGCUCGUCGAGGGCAAAUACGUCUCGCAGCUAAACGACGUCAUAGAGAGGAGGCAUGAUUUCAAAGCCAUUGAAAAAUUCCGUCAAGACACCAUGAACAAACACAACGUCUUCUUACAAGAGGUAAUGAUAAAGGAGGCUAGUGAUCUUGUAACUCUACUGAGGGAAGAAGGAAACAAUUACGAUCUAAUAAUGGUUGGAAUCAGACACGAAGAGAGUUUUGAAGUGCUUCAAGGAUUAUCGGUAUGGAGCGAGAACGAGGAACUUGGAGAGAUUGGAGAUUUGCUCGUCUCGAGAGACCUCAAGCUCACUGCAUCGGUUUUGGCUGUACAACAACAACUUUCCUCUGUUACGGAGGGUAGCUUAAUGGCAUAA